CCAGACCGACAGACGACAGGCGGCACAAGCACAAAAACAAGCACACAACGCAUCUCUCCUCCUCCUCCUCCCCCUCUCACUCCCCUCCCCCCACCCCCACCCCUGCACCCCUGAUCCCCGGCCUCCAAUCUCCGCACGCACGCACGCACAGACCUGACCUGCCCUGUCCAGAGCAAACGUGAGCAGAGCAGAGCAAAGCAGAGCAGAGCACUGCGGUUCGCGCCUCUCAACCAGAACCAGAAUCAAAAGAAGCUUGCCUGCGUGCUUGCGUGCAUGCGUGCUUGCUUGCGCAUCCACUCCACUCCACCACCUCCUACGUACCCAUUUCCUCUCCAGCCUCCAUAUCCAGAACGAAGAAAAAGAAAACGAAAAACGCAAAAAAAGGCAAAGCGAAACCAAAGCAAAGCAACAAAAAGCAAAACCAAAAGCAAAAAAAGCAUCCAGAUUCAACGUCCCGCUCAACUCAACUCAGCCACGACCACGACCACCAUCAUCAUCAUCAACAACCACAAAAAACAAAAAAACAAGCUAAACCAAGCCAAGCAAUCAAUCAGACGUUCAAUACAAGCCGCGCCAAGCCCAGCCAAAGCCAAGCCCAGCCCAAGCCAGCUGCGCAGCAUACAAACCGACACCAUCCAUCAGUCCAUCCGUCCUUCAUCCAGAACAUGUAAGAAAAAACAACAACGAAAAUUUGGGGUAGAAGAAGACGAAGAAAGAAAAGGAAAAGAAGAAGGAAAAAACAAACACCGGGCAAUGAGAAAAAUAACAGCAGAAAAUUCCAUUCCAUUCCAUUGCAUUGCUUCCAUCAAAGAAGAAGAUAAAAAAAAAAAAAAAAAAAAAAAAAAAAAAAAAAAAAAAAAAAAAAAAAAAAAAAAAAAAAAACCAAGCAAGCAAGCAAGCAGAUCGUGAGCGUUUGUUAUGUGUUGUGUGUGUGCGUGUGCGCGUGCGCGCGCGUACCGGUAGUAGUAGGUAGUAGUAGGUAGUAGGUAGGUAGUAGUAGUAGUUGUAAUCUUGUCCAUGCACGUAUGUGGUCAUCAUCCUCGCUCUUACUUAACCCU